AUGUACGCCGUUGAGAAAAAAUUCGAGAUCGAAAUGAAAUUGAAAAAGGAGAUGACAAACAUUCAGGAGUUGAAAGCAGCUGCGAAUCGCAGCUCCUCCCUUGCCGGUGACGUUUGUAAUGUGCUAGGUGCCUGUGAGCAAAGAUUGCAGCAACUGGAGACUGCUGUCUUACCUUUAUAUGGAGAUACAGCACGCUUACAGCAUAUACAUCAGAAUAUGGAACGCACAGUGAAGGCUCUGGAUCAUGUGAUAAACUACUACAUGGUGUCUAGAGAAUUGGCUGACCUUAUUCAAGCUGGACCGCACACAUCAUCAACAGAGUCUUUGAACAUAUAUUUAGAGGCUCUAGAUAAAUUAUCAGAGGCACAGAAUUAUUUUAAUAAGAACAAUCCCCAAAGUGUGGAGUUGGAGAAUAUAAACCAAUUAUACAAUACUGGUGUGUCAAAACUGGAGAAUGCUUUUGAAGAGUUACUUAGUCGUAACACAAGACCUCUGUCCCCAACUACUCUUAUGGACAUGAUUGCCUUAGAAGAAGACUCUAGCGUGGACAGUGUAAGCGUUAGUGGCAGUGGAUCCACUUCGGGCACCGCGUUGGAAACCAUGCGCGCGGCCGCGGCCUGGCUCAGUGCAGCUGGCAGACCACCUGCUGGACCUCUGCUGGCUAUACGGGCACCCGCCGCUAAGAGCUCUUUCAAUGCCUUCAAGGAUUACCUGAGGUCAAGGUCUAUGGCCGCAUCACCGCUUAUGAAAUCCAAAAAUCAACUCCAUCGAUCUGAUAGUACAAAGAAGACAAGUAAAUUGCAAAAAGUAUUAGAGAAGCGCGCGAACAAGUUGAUGUUGAAAGCUUCGCAGACGUUGGAGCAGUCAACCGGGCUUGCACUCGGUCCCCGGCGGUCUUUGAAUGAGACUUACGGCGAGGAGUCGUGCGCGGCGGAGGAGCGCGAGGCGGAGGUGGCGGGGUCGCUGGCCGCGGCCGUGUGCCGGCUGGCGCGCCACGAGCAGCGCGCGGCGCUCGGCCUCGUGCCGCUGGCGCGCCUGCCCGCGCUGCUCGCCGCCACGCUGCGCGACUGCUUCGCCGCGCUCCAAGCCGACGUCGACCGAGCGUGUACGCGCGUGCACCGCGCGGCGGCGCGCUGCUCGAGCGGCGCGGCGGCGGGCUGGGCGCUGCUGGCGCGCCUCACGCGCCUGCAGCCCGACCUGCAGCGCGCGCUGCACCCCGCCUCGCCCGCGCCCUACCUCGCCAUCGUGCACGCCUGCCAGCAACACUGCGUGCGCACUCUGGAGGAGUGGAUCGACGGUGUGAAGAGCGACACGGCGGCCGGCGCGGUGGACGGCACCGUGCACCAGCUGGCGGCCGCCGCGCUCGCCUACUGCCACGCGCUCGCCGCGCACAUGCACACCGUCGGUCAGGCACUGUCCACGGAGCCGUCAUACGUACGAGCCGCUAGUCAGAUAACUGGCGUGCAGGACAGGAAUGCUCUGAUGCUAGCAAUAUAUAUGCGCAAAGUUUUGGCUCAGUUGAACUUGGCGUUACGGACCAAGAGCGAGCAGUAUCCCGACGCUUUGAAAGCGAUAUUCCUGCUUAAUAACACACUGUACCUGCUGCAGGGUCUCCAACGCAGCGGCCUCUUAGACGUCCUGAUGCUGGCCGAACCCGAGUGCGAGACCAGCUACCGCGAUAUGAUACAGGACUACAAGAACGCAUACUUGCAGAGCUGGAACAAGUUGCUGUCGCACAUAACGCUGGACGAACCGCUUCCUAGUAAACUACGAGACAAAGACAGACAGAUACUGAAAGAUAAAUUUGCGUCGUUCAACCGCGAGUGGGAGGAGAUGACGCGAGCGCAGCGCGGCUACAGCGUGCCGGACGCGGAGCUGCGCGAGGCGCUGAAGCGAGACAACAAGCAGGCGCUGCUGCCCGCCUACACCGCCUUCCACGACGCACACGCAGCCCUGCCCUUCUCCAAGCACCCCGACAAGUACGUCAAGUACACGCCCGUGCAGAUCGCGACGCAAUUGGAUGGAUACUUUGACGAAGCAGCUUAA